AUGAUUCUCAUCCUAGCAAGUGUUGCGUUGACAUUAUGGAUAGUGAUGUUCCGAUACAGAAGGCAGCACAUGUACAAACUAGCUUCCAAAAUACCACCUCCGGUCAAAGAGAUGCCCCUUAUCGGAAUUGCACACAAGUUAAUCGGAAGCCCUGAGCAUAUAAUGGAUGAGCUGAAAAAGUACAGCUACGCAGCCAUGGAAAAUGGUGGUAUGAUCAGAGGAUGGCUCAGUCACAUAUUGUAUUUAUUGCUUUUGGAUCCCGUGGAUAAUGAAAAAGUGCUAAAGACAUGCAUGGAGAAAGACGACCUGCACAGAUUCCUGAGAAACAUCAUUGGCAACGGUGGCAUAUUCGCUCCCGUGAAAAUUUGGAGAAAACGCAGGAAAAUCAUGGUGCCAGCGUUCACUCCGAAAAUUGUUGAAACCUUCGAGAAAAUAUUUACUGAGCAGAGUGAGACACUUGUGAAAAAACUUAGUAACCAAGCUGACAAGGGGAAAUUCAGCGUAUGGCCUUUUUUGAGCACUUACACAUUAGACUCUGUUUCUCAAACGGCGAUGGGUGUAAAAAUAAACGCGCAGAAUAAUACCCACAGUCCAUUCCUUUUGUCGAUUAACCGAUUCCUGAAUUUGGCGUGCGAAAGAAUAUUCCACCUGUGGCUUCAGCCAGAUUGGAUGUAUAUGUUUUUCCCACAAUAUAAGGAGCACCAGGCUUGUUUAAAGCAAUUGCAUGACUUCACUGAUGAGGUUAUAAUAAAAAAACGCGAAGAAAUACAGGAAGAUUUGAAGGACAAAGCUGAAAUAGACACUGAAUAUGAUCUAGAUAGUUACAAAACCAAGAGUUUCCUUGAUCAUCUGAUUCAUCUGUCAGGCAAAGACGGUGGUUACACCAAUCUAGAAUUGAGAGAGGAAGUGCUUACACUGACUAUCGCUGGAACGGAUACCUCUGCGGUUGCAAUAGGUUACACCUUGAAGAUGCUGGCGACAUAUCCAGAAGCCCAAACGAGGGUUUAUGAAGAAAUUUAUGACAUAUUCGGAGAUUCGGAUCGUCAAUUAGUGAAGAAUGAUUUACUUCAACUAAAGUACCUGGAGAGGGUCGUGAAGGAGACACUGAGGCUCUUCCCGCCCGUGCCCUUCAUCAUCAGAAGGGUGGACGAGAAUGUGACAUUACCGUCUGGACGGGUGUUACCCGCGGGAUCUGGUGUCGUGGUGAGCAUUUGGGGAGCACACCGAGACCCUAAGUACUGGGGGCCGGACGCAGAGAAGUUCGACCCCGACCGCUUCCUACCAGAGAGGUUCCUGCCGAAACAUGUGUGCAGCUAUAUGCCGUUCAGCCAGGGACCCAGAAACUGUCUAGGUUAUCAAUAUGCCUUGAUGUCCAUCAAGAUAGCUGUGGCGGCAAUAGUGAGGAAUUUCAAAGUAGUGCCAGACCUUCAGAAUAGUGAUACGCCGUACAUCAGGGUCAAGUUAGAUAUAAUGAUGAAAGACGUGGAUGGUUACCAAAUAGCUUUAGAGAAGAGGAAGCCGGACGAAUAACAAUAUCAGGACAUCGUCGUAG